AUGAUGGAAAAAAGAAAAAAAAGGCGAAACGAUGAUAACGCCCGUAACGUUUAUAUGCUGAAAGAGUUGCUCAUCAAUAAUGAGAGCACUUCUGCUUGCGUUCAGUGUUGUGAAAGGAAUUCGUACGAGACGUGUAACAACAUUUUACAAUAUAUAAAAAAAUAUUUGAACAUCCCCUUAUACGUCCUCGACCUUGUCAGUAUUUAUAAUCAGGACAAUAUUGCAAAGUUCGUUAAAGGCGUAUUUGCAGAGUUUGUAGAGUAUCUUAAAAGAGAGAAAGUGCCCAAGUCGGUGCUGUUUCUGCCCUACUUUGAUGAUUGGGUGUUGUCCAUAAGAGAGGAUGGCAAGGGGAAUCGCCACAGCGGUGAUGCGGCUGGCGAUGGUAAUGAUGACGAUGAUGACGACGGCGAUGACGUUGGGGGUGCCCAUGGCUGCAACGGCGAACCAGACAAAUCAACAAAUUUCUUCCAAACGAAUGGUCGUGGAAAAAAAAGGAACGCACGAGAUGUCAAUAUGCAUAUAUAUAACUCCAUUUAUUACUUAAAAAAUAAGUUGCUAAAAAAAUGGGGAAAGAAAAAUCUCUGUGUUAAAUUAAUCGGUUUACACAAAACGAGGGGGGCUUUCGACUUAUAUAAUGACCUCUUUGAUUGCAAAAUAAUUAUAUCUCACUUUGUCAGUACACCCAGCCCAUACUACAUUCACAUGAACAGAGACAUCCACAAAAGGCUCUCAAAGAAGAAAAAAUUUUCGAUCGACGAUGUGUACUCCGUUUUGUCUAGCAAGGUCGAUUAUUUUGACAGUGCCCGCGAAAGAAAUGUAAAUCUCUUUAAAUGCUUCUUUGAAUAUUAUUAUAAAUUUCAAAGGGCUGUUAUAAGAAGGUCCAGAAAAAGGAGAUACAGGACAAAUCUGGAAGUGACAAAGGUAAAUGCUCAAAGAGAAAGUCAAAGUUGUGAAUCUUUAAGUACAAAUUUUAAAUGGGUAAACUGCCUCACAAAUUUGAAGUAUUUUAAGUAUCUUCGAAAAUACAAAUAUUUUUUAACCAGUAAAAGAAAGAAGAAAUUCACCAUUUUUUUUUCCACACAUAAUGACACAUACUUUUGGAAACAUAUUAGCGAACGAUUGUACUCACCUUUUUUUAUAAAAGAAUAUAUUUGCACUCUUCUCAAAAGGCACACAAAGUUGAGUGCCACAUUUAAAGGUUCGAAGGGUACCGCUGACCGUGGUGACACGCCCGGGGUGCCUGGAAGAGAAGAAGACACCACAGCAGGGAACUUGACCCUUAAGAACAGCGGUAAAAAAUACCAUGCUUUCUAUGAUGAACCAAAUUGCUGCCACAGGAGAGAUAACUGCCUGCAUGUGGAGCCCAAUGGAGUUAGUUAUGCCAAAGAAUGGGUAGACCCAACAUUAAUGUAUAGUGGAUAUAUCCGAAAGGGCACGAAUGACGACCAUUUGGCGCCUAUUAGGAAACGGUUCAUACUGAAAAAUAGGUACCAGCGCGAUAAUAACUACUGUGUGUACAAUUCGGAACCAAGAACUUUAUUAAGAUUUUAUUUUAGCAAACUAAAUAUACCUAACAUUUGUUUGAUAUAUGGGGCCAGUGGCGUGGGGAAAAGCACCUUACUCCAAUUUUUAGUUCACAUCAUUAGCUCAAAUUAUAAGGACAUCUCUUUUAGCGAAAAAGUGAUGCCCCUUUCAGUUCACAGCGCCGGUGGAGGGGAUGCAGAUGAGCCGUGUGAGGGGCGAAGCACCAAUACGAAUAAGCAGAACAUGCGUGAAAGCAAAAGUACAACUUGGGGAGGAAAAAGCUACAGACACGUGUCGUAUGCAUCUCUCAUGCGGAGGAUCAUGCUUCGAGAAAAAAAAAAAAUAUUUCUUCAAUUCCAAAAUGUGUGCAUAAUUCCAUUCGAAAACCAUCUGUUGGUAAAUAAAACAAUCGGGGAAAAUAGCCGGUACAUAAAGAAAAUUUUCACCAUGGCCUUCAAAAACCAGCCAGCCGUUAUAAUUUUUGAUAACAUAGAUCUAUUUCUUGAGAAAAACAGCAAUUACAAACAUCCUGUGGAUGAUCAAAAUGAAGAUGUAUACAAAAACAUUUACAAUUUACUAAUGCAUUAUUUGCGUACCUACGUGAAUGGGUCGAACAGAAUAAAGUUUCUCGCAACGUGUAGUGUGCAUCCUCAGUUUUUUAAAUUUUCUUUCCUCAAUUUGGUGCAGCGUAUACUGUUCAUUUCGUGA